UAUCGGCCCGACCCGGCCCGCGUCGGGCUCGGGCUCGGGCAGAGAAUCUAAACACUGACUGGAACUACUUAGCAGGUGUCUGUGGGGCUAUGUCAGGAGUUAAUGCACGUACUGCAGCCAAUCAGAAUACGAGUAUUCCCCCAGGCCGUGGUCUAAACAAUAUUAUUCACGAGUUAUAAUCAACCCCUACACAUCAAUAUUAAUGAUAACCCUAUGGAAAUUGCAAUAAGUGAGAGAUACAAUUUCGCACGUUGAGCACACAGUUGUGUGACUCGUUUAUUUAGUAAGAGAGAAACAGGAAAUCAAAACGUGCUGAAAGUAAACAAAUCCCGCAUGGGCUCUGACGUCAUGAGACGCUCGUAAUCCUUUAAGGGACAGCGAUCCCUGAACCACCAAGACAGUAAACGACAUGCCUAACACUAUUGAAAGAACAACACAACAAAAUACUGUCGGUGAAUUAUGAUACACUCACUACAACCCAUUAAAUACGGUAUGAUUUCUAGAUGUCAUGGCAACGUCCGCUCGCGACACUGGACUUGCGAUCGAGGCAUCGAUGCGGACGUUCAUUCACAUAGCCACAAACAAGAGAAUAGAUGGCUAGAUAAAAUAAACAUCAAGACAUACAAUUCUAAAAAGAACAGAUGAAGCAGCUACCCUUUUUUCCUUCACGGUUUGCCUACAGAGCAGCGCACCUGCAUUUAAUAUAUCCGUGUAUUGUUACAAUUUCUCAGUAUCAAAGGUGAAAGUAGAAACGGGUGGCCAAAAGCUGUCAUAUUGUUAGUUAUCACAGACAAUUUUAAGUAGAAACGAUUUUCGUGAGACCAAGUUUUUUCGUGAGACCAGGUUUGAGCGUGUGCAUGGGUUGAAUUGCGUGUGUCUCACGCCGAAUGCAUGAGACAUGAGAGCCCUGUACUUACGUGACACAAACCAGCACCGCAAACGUUCUCUCCCGCUUGAGAUUACGUCUUUCUUUAUCCACAAGUUUCCUGGGGCGGUUGCUGGGGAAACGUUUGUGGGCCACACUUCCGGUCGCCCACUACGCGUCGCGCCACAGCUGUGUUUUUACCUGAUCAGCUGGCAGGCUAUUCACAUCACUCGCUCUGUCACUGAAUAAACUGAUGGCUUUAAAAAGCUCGGGAACAACGUGUGCCGUUCGAGGAUGUACUAACAACCAGACGAAACUAAAUAAUUGGUUGAAAUCUGAGUGUUUUGACCACAAGCCGAAACAUAAAGCAGAGUGUUCGUGCCCGAAAUGGUACAGCUUCCAUCGACUGCCCAAUGAUGAAAAGGCUAAAAGAAAUUGGCUGAAGAACCUGAACUUAAAACAACCUCCGAAAUGUUGUUAUGUCUGUUCGUUUCAUUUUGUGGACAAAGCGCCAACGGAAGAAAACCCUUACCCAAUGCUUUAUCUGGGUUAUGAGAAGCCACCUGAGAAGAAACGCCGAAGAGUCGUCAGGAUGAGUGUUGACGGUCAAGUCGCAUCAACAACAGACCAAGCUGUGAUGGUGUUCGAGCAGCCUCAAACCUUCAAGGAUGCCCAAACACAGUGGAUGGAUCCAGCUGAGGAGGACCAUACCUACUCUAAAGGAUCCAUCCUUAUAUGUGACAUGAUCAUCACACCUGCCCCUGAGAUCUCACUGUCCAUUGCAGAGGUUACACUGAACGGUGAUAAAGACUGUCUGCUGUACACAGGGAUUCCUCUACUUGUGUUCAACACUCUUGUCUCCUGUCUACAAGGUUUUGUGCGCCAGUCAUCAACAAUGCCAGCUCAAGAUGAAGUUUUGUUAACACUCAUGAAGCUCAGACAUAACUUUGCUGUAGCUGAUUUAGCGAGGCGCUUUAAAAGAUCAGCCGGUCAGGUCAGUAAAACAAUUACGCAUUGGGUUGAUAUCCUUGCUGAGCACACCAGGGACCUCAUUCCAUGGCUGCCCCGUGACACUAUAAAAGCAACUAUGCCAAAGGUUUUUCUGCCACAUUUCUCUGAUUUAACUUGCAUCAUUGACUGCACAGAGAGUGUUCUGCAAAAAACCAAAAACUUAGACUCGCGCUCAGAGUCUUACAGCCAUUACUAUGCAAGUAACACUGUUAAGUACCUUGUUGCCAUUGCUCCAUCAGGGAUGCUGAUGUUUAUUUCAGAGGCUUUUGGUGGGAAGUGUAGUGACAGGUAUAUUACACAGAACUCAGGGUUUCUUGAUUUUUUACGUCCUGGUGAUGUGGUGAUGGGGGACCGUGGGUUCACAAUUAGAGAUCUUGUUGAGGAGAGGAGGGUAAAGCUAGUCAUACCUGCGUUUACACGCAAACGCAGCCAGCUAACCAAUGAGCAAGUGACUCAGAUGAGACGGAUAGCAAAUGUACGCAUUCAUGUGGAACGGGCUAUAAGGCGCCUCAAAGUGUUCAAGAUCCUGUCACAAACCGUGCCAAUAAGCUUAGUUCCUAAAAUUUAUGAAAUACUUCAGAUUUGUGCAGCUCUCAUAAAUCUGAGAGGAGAGCUUAUCUCCAGCAAUUAAUAUCUUACAUAUUAUUAAACAACAUCUUGUAUAUUUAUGAAUUACAUUUAUUUUAAGUUUUAUUUAUACUUCAAAUGUAUUUGAACCAUUGUUUUGUUAUUUUUGCAUCUCACAGAGUGAGACUUAUUGCCAGCUGAUAUGUCGUUUAAUUACAAAACUGUUCGAGGUACUUGGGGCAGAGAUGUAGUUUAUUUUCUCCAAAAUCAUCAGCCAACCUGGGAAGCAUAUGUAGAAAAUAAAAAUGUUCCAGUUGCUCUACUUGUUUGUCAGUGUAAUCUUUGUCAAAUGGAAUUUCCAAUUCUAAAUGUUCCUUUUGUGUCCAGAUAACCAAUGUGCAUCUCUGUAGACCAAGGCACAUCAUAGCCACCUGUGUCUAAAAUAAUAGAAAAUACAUUAAAUUGGCACCAAAUAAUGAAUAUUAGUUCACAUUAUAUUGUUUAUCUCUUGUAAUCGGCUAAUGCAGCUAGUAUUUCUUGCCAUUAAAAACAACCCUGCUUACCUGAAGGUAGUAUCCAGCUCUUCCAUUUGGCAAAACAAGGUACUUUCCAUCAUCCAAGAUUUUGAUGUCACCGUUUGGCCGGGUGAGAAAUUCUUCGAGAGACAUCAGACUCUUGAAGGGGCACUUGAUCUCAAGAAGUUUUGUCCCAUCAAGGAUCCCAUCUGGACUGGCUGCCAACCAGGGGUGGUCAGGAUGCACCACAAGUCCUUUGUUGUGCACAUCAUGCCCUCUGCUCUCAAGGAGUGUGAUGACCCUGACUUCAUUGUCAGAGCCAUAUUUCGUGGCUGUGUUCCCGGUGAAGGUGGGGUACACGUGCUCAUUGAGAAACUUUUGGGGGUCUGUGGUGUGUCGUUUGGGGACUCGUUUCACUGUGCUUGCAGUGAGACGCAGUCUCCUAGCGUCAUGCCAAACCUGUGACCUACUCUGGGUCUUUGUGUCCAUUUCCAAUGUGGAUAUUUGAUUGGGGGACAAAGCAAUGUAUGAUUGGUAAAACACUGAACACUUCCUACAUGUCAGAUGUGUGCUAUGAUCUGUAUGGUUCUCAAUUUGUAAUUCUGAAUCUUGGUUUGGCCCUGUGCUAGGUUCUACAUCUGAGGAGCUCUUUUCCAAAACGCGAUAAACGCCAAAUUUAAAAAAAAUGAGUUUGUCAUGCCAUUUUGUUGUGUACUGAACCUAUUCACUGCUCCAUCAACGUUGAAUGCAAAAUCGCUAUAUUUACUUGUUUAAAAUAUCACAAGAUGCCGUUUUUUUCCAAACCACGACAAGCG